AUGGGCACCUAUGGGGUGCCAUGGCCUCAAGAUGCUGGACAGGUCUUGAAGUAUCUGGAAGAGCGGCAUGCUGUCACUAGCUUGGGUCAGACCGUACCCAGGCCUGUUUAUGAGCUGGGGUUGCGGUUUACUGCUUUCACUUUGUUGCUCAUGACCUGGGCGAGCCUUCGCUGUGACGACGUGCAGAACAUCGACCCCGAGACCGUUGGCCUGAGUGGAUAUGACUGGCUAGGCGAGGGCUACAAGCUUUUGAGCGAGUGCAUUGUCGUGGGCUUCCUGGAUGCUGAAGGUUUGGCUUUGCAGUUGCGCCGGCUUCUCAAGCAUUUGCCGACGCCGGUGAGGCAACAAGGGGUUUGGAAGGUCGCGCGCGAGUUGCUUUUCCCAGGGGAGAUGGCCAACUUCUGGACAGGGCACAGUGCACGGCAUGUUGCUACCAGUCUUGCUGCUGCAUUAGGCGUGAGCAAGGACCGGCGAGAUUAUCUUGGGCGCUGGGCUUAUGCUCAGCAUGGCUCACAGGAUUAUGUUUUGACUUCGAGGCAGGUGGUGCAGAAUUUCAUUUGCAAAUGCCUCAUCGUGGGGCACCCAGAUGGCGGGUACACUGAGGAGGAGUUGUUCUGCACCAUGCGAUCAUACGCUGAAGCAUUGCAUCUUGCUGGGGAUGAAAUAAAGCUUGCUCUGUCCUGCAGUGGGAUGAUGUGGAGGGUUAGGGCAGCAGCCGGCAACAUGGGUGCCGAUCUGCCUGGGCCUUACCAAGACUUCGAGCAAGAAGAGGUUGAAAGUGCCGAAGGCUCAUCAACCAGUGGAUCUGAGGACACUCAGGUGGAGAACCCGGUGGAACCGGAGGGGAUCGUCUGCAUGUUUGCAAUUGCUGCCGGUGGAGUGCAGCCUGAGAGUGAAGAGUUAAGACCUCAGCGCGCUCGUGCAAUCAUGGCGACCGACCUGCCGGCCGGUGUGGACCAGGCAGCAGCCUUGAAUCAUCUGGAUAAGAAUGUGAGCUCCGACUUGGUGCAUAUCUUUCAAGAGUGUGGUGUACCAUUGGGGCUGCAGUACCGGCUCACUUUGAAUUUUCAGUCUGUCAAGCGUUUUUCUACAUAUGCCGAUUCCCGGGCGGAUGUGCGAACCGCUCUGAAGGAUGAUCAUACUCUGGAGGCGACUGAUCAGGCGACCCGGGCAGCUGUGGCCUCGGUGGUCUCCGCUUGGGAGACUGCGAAAGAAUAUGCGAGCAAGGAGUCCGAAUUGCGGGCUGAGGCUCGCGUGCUAGGCGUCAGCAGACCGGUGUCGCAAACAGAGAAGCAAGCGAUGCGUGCGGCGUAUGAAGCUGCGCACGGCAGCCUCGAG